UUUUGAUAAUAAAGUUAAAGUAACCCUAUCAAUGGCAGUACAAGCCGAUGCCAGCAGUUCUGAUCUUCUUGAGACUCUAAUAAGUGAGGUUAGAAGUCUCCAGAAUGAUGUCAAAGCCAGCCAGGUUGAUUACACUAACAGACUGAGGCAUGAAGACCACCUCAUCGAAGGAUUAGAGAACGAGAGUGCAAAAUUAACAGAGGGGUUUAGCAAAAUUCAUGAUUUUAUCACUCUGAUUCCAUCCUAUCUUAAUGGAGAUGAGGACUCUCAGAAGCUUGAGAACUUUGCAAAGCCAGCACAUAGGAAAAGAAGGAAGAAGACCCGAGAGCUAAGUCAUAAAUACUCAAUACUUAUGACUGAUGAGCCAGGUCAUGUGGCCCAGCCUAAACAAGCCCUUCAGGCGACAGCUGAGGAGUCUGCUUCAGUAGAGCACCAGUUGGAUGAUUCAAAGCAUGAAGCGGCUCAAGUGGAAGAGACCAAAGAGCCUGAGUCUCGGUAUAAGGUAGACCAAAAGCUUUUACAGGAGAAGAUAGAUUUAUUCGAGCAAUACGCUAAGAAGGAUGAAUGGAGUGAGGUCACCACUCGAGGAGAUUCCUUUGUCGGGUCCUGGGCAGGCGACAAUAAUCUGACUGGCUUGUACGGCUCAACCAUUGCGAAUGGGUGCUUUGAAGAGCUAAUGGAUCUCUGCGGCAACAUAGAAGAGGUCAGGAGGUACAACUCCCUUGUGGAUACAAUCACUGUUUUGGAAGAUAUAGAUAUGGAUACCAAAGUAGCCUUCAUGCGGUUUAAAGGAAUUCUAAUAGUUUCAGGUCGAGAGUUUAUGGUGCUAGUGAAAAGACAUACAAUGAAGGAUGGCUCUCAAGCCAUCCUAUCUUAUAGUAUUGAUGAUUAUGAUGAUGCUCCUCCUGAAACUGGGCAAUUCGUAAGAGCUCAUAUGGAAAUCGGGGGUUGGUAUCUCCAUCCACUCAAGCCUGAAGAGUUAACUCCUGAUGGAAAGUUAGAUGAUUGGGAAUCCAAGAGUUAUGUAGCAAAUUUUGCAAUCAAUGAUCUUAAAGGGUCGCUCCCUCAAUUUGUGAUUAAGGCAUCGGCAUUCACACAGCUCAAAGUUCUUAAUGGGUUUAGAAAACUAGUAGACACGAAGAGGGAAGAAGGAACUCUCUUCACUCGUGAACAGUUUGAAGCUUUGUUCAAAGGCAAAUCUAAGAAGUAUCACAAUCUCUACUUGGAAGCAAAGGAGAUUAUUGCUAAAUCAUGGGAGGAUGAGAGCUAA